CUGAAGUGUAAUGGCCACCAAAAACAAGUAUUAAUGAGUAAAGGGAACAUGUCUUGUCAUGUGUGAUUGAAACCAAGUUGCCCACAGAUGUCAUGUGCUCUGAAAAUUAUGUUUGAUUUCCGUUCACCUUUGUGGUCAAUACUUAAGGAACAAUUCCCAGUUCCAGUGAUAUUCACAUGAAGGACUCUGGUGUGUGCACAUCCUUUAUGAAUAUGGCAACAACUGGCUCAAUGUUUUACACAAUCCCAGAAAACCAAAGUGAAGAUUAUGAUGAAAUCUGCGACCCAACAGCCGUCAACCAGUUUGCAGCGAUCUUCACUCCAGGUUUCUUCUCCAUUGUGAUCAUCUUCAGUCUGUUGGGCAACAUCCUGGUCAUUGUGAUUCUGGCCAAGUAUGAGAAUCUCAAAUCCCUCACCAAUGCUUUCAUCCUAAACCUGGCUGUAUCGGACCUCUUCUUCACCACAGGUCUGCCAUUCUGGGCCUAUUAUCACAUGUAUGGAUGGACUUUAGGGGAAAAUGCAUGCAAAAUAGUCAACUUUGUCUUCUACAUUGGCUUCUACAGCAGCGGUAUCCUCCUCAUCCUGAUGACUGCUCACCGUUAUGUAGCUGUCAUGAAUCCUCUAUCUAACAUUGUGUCCACCACAGGCUCCUACAGUGUUGUAGCAUGUGUGAUCGUUUGGGCAGUGAGUAUAUUGGUCGCCAGUCCAGCCUUCAUCUUCACCAAAGUUGAGCAGAAUCAAUGUGCAAAUGCAGAUUCUAACUCGAGUUUAUGGGUAAUCUACCAGCAAAAUAUUCUCUUCAUAUUGAGUUCCGUGGUGUUCAUAUUUUGCUAUUCUCAGAUCAUGCGCAGGUUGCUGCGUCCAACUGCCCAAAGAAGAAAGAACAAAACUUUAAAACUCAUUUUUACUCUCAUGGUUGUUUUCUUUGUGGGCUGGACACCUUACAAUAUAGUGAUAUUUCAAAAGUCAUUGUUUUUCCGGAACCAAUCACGUGUUGACUCAACGACUAUAUCUGAAAUGUGUAAAACAGUAGAACGACUACAUUAUGCCCUUUACAUUAGCCAACUUUUUGCCUUUUCACACUGCUGCCUCAACCCUGUAUUUUAUGUGUUUGUGGGGGUUAAAUUCAAAAACCACUUGAAGAAAAUGCUAAAGGGAUGGGACCACAGCAAUAGCAGCAUCCGCAAUAGGCAAAGCCGACUCACAAUCACUUCGCUAACAAGUGGUGAGGAGUUCUCAGUGUAGUUGAUAUACUGAGCAGAAGGGAAACCAGAACCUCCAGGUUUUGUACCAGAAUAAAGAAAACCAAAUUCAAAAUCCCAUUGCCAUUUUAAGCAAAUAACAACAAGAACAGCAGACUAGGCUGUGUGUGUUCCAUUCCAUAUCCCUAGAUAAGGAUGUAAAUAACAUUUUUAUGUAAUUGUAUAUUAAAUAUUUCUGCUUUUAGCUGCCUUAAAUUAACAAAAUUCCCAACAAACCCUACCAUCCAACCUAGCGAGAAACGAAUGGGUUGUACCAGAGCUUGUGCUACAUUCACAGAAGGAACAAAA